UCUAUUAUACCCAAAAUGAGUGCUUUACGGCUUAUAGGGAGGAAGAAUAAUUUCAGGGAACUGAGAAGUCUCGGCGUCUCACCAUUCACUAUUGAACUGAGAGUGAGAAUGGAGGAAGAAAGCUAUGGUUCUAGCGAAAGAAGCUCAACUUCCAGCGAGGAGAGCGCUCCCUAUUCCACUGAUAAUUCCAGCCAUGCUACAAACCCCAUGAAUUCUGAAGAAGAAGAAGAAGAAGAAGAGUCAAGCUCAAGCGAUGAUUAUCCAAGCAAGCGCCGCAAACAUGGACCAAUCGUAGAAGAAGAAGAUCGAAUCAGCACCUUACCUGACUCCAUCCUCCUCACCAUUCUCUCCUCUUUGUGCACUAAAGACGCUGUGAGAACGGGCGUUUUAUCCAAAAGAUGGGCCUAUCUCUGGACCUUCGUUCCCUCUCUCCGUUUCACAGAUUAUUACCUCCGACACGCCGCCGAUUACGCCAGUUUUGUGGAUAAUGUCCUGCUCCUACACAGAGCUUCGAAACUCACAAAUUUCUCCGUCGAAGUCGAGUACAAUCCAGAGCUAAAGCCUCGUGUCGAUCUUUGGGUUCGUUUCGCCACAACUGCCAAGGUAGACCAACUUAGUCUACUUUUAUCAUCUUGUUUUUACAAAUUGCCCCAGCAUCUCUACGCCAAUGAGUUUGUUUCUGAGUUGGAUUUUAGAGCUUGCGAAAUUAAGCCUAAUGGGUUAGUACGUUGGAGUUCACUCAAGCGCUUGUGUCUUUGGAAUGUGGCUUUGCCCAAAGAUGUGCUAAAUCAAGUGUUAUUGGGUAGUCCUAGACUUGAAUUCUUGGAAUUGCGUAGUUGUGAUAAGUUUAAUCGGUUGGAUAUUGUGUCCGAGAGUUUAAAAAAAUUGGUGAUGGAUUCUUAUUGUGAAGACGGGUUGGAAUUGGAAAUUGUUGCUCCAAAGAUCGAGUCUUUAGAAAUUAUAGGGGAAUUUUAUGGUAUGAAGAAGUGCCAGAUAAAGAACGCUUCGGCAUUAGUUGAGGUUAGGCUCGAUUUCGAAAUAACGAUGGAAUAUGAAGAGGAAGAGCAGGAGGAGGAUCAUUAUAAGAACUGUGAAAACGUUGUGAGGGAACUUUUUGAGAGUCUGCAUCAAGUCAAGAAACUUAUUGUUGGCAGAUGGUGUCUCAAGGUUCUGUCUAUAAUGUCAGUGAAACAUCUGUCUUGUCCGGUGUUAAAUUGCAAAUGUCUAACGAUGAAAACAAGCAUGGAAAAAUGGAAUCUUCCUGGCAUUGCAAGCCUGCUUCAAAGUUCACCUUAUGUGGAGACAUUGGUUAUAGAUAUCAUAUUCUCCAACCACGACUCAGAGUUUCUAGACAGAAUCUAUGAUGAAGUGAACCAUUGGAAAUCAAAAGAGGUCUAUUUCAAAUCUUUGCUACAAUGCCUCAAGACUGUCAAGAUUUUUGGUUUUGGAGAAAGGUUCCACACAAAGGAUGUAUUCAUUUUAGUUGUAGAAUUUCUACUUAAGAAUGCAAAGGUACUGGAGAAGAUGGUUAUCACUGAACCAUGGGUCAUGCAAAAUGGAAUACAUAAUAUGCAACUUAAAUUUCUACAAGUGUCUCAAAAGUUGUUAAGCUUCCCCAGAUCCUCUCCUCAUGCAGUGGUUAUGUUCCCAUUUUAGUAAAAUCAUUUUAAGUUGUUCGAUGCUCUUAAAUGAUGAAAUUCUCAUAAAUUAAUUGUAGUUAUGUAGAUUAGUCUGGUUCAAUGAACUAAAAUCUUGCUAUGAUUUGCUCUAGCUUCCAAUUUCAUGUACUUAUGUUUUCAUUGUGAUGUUAAACUUGCUUUAAGAUGCUAAAUAUCAAUGGUUAUGUUGCUUAA